GUUCGCUCACCUCGGCUUCGCCUCCAGACCUCGUCUCAGGACCUCCAAGCGCGCGUCACUCGAGCUGCCGAGAGACCGGGGCUGUGAAGAAGAGGGGGGUGAAAUGUCGGACGUGACAGAGCCAUCCCCAGAGUUGGUCAAGUCACCUGUACCUGCUCCAGUCCUCGACGCCUCGCCGUCUACAGCCGCUGGCCCGGCGCGCCACCUAGUAAGACACUCAAUCGCGUCGCACGUUUUAUUAAUUCAAUUUUCAUAUCGUUAUGUUAACCCAAUUAGAAGGUGUCGGUGCCCCACUUACACAGGGACACACGCGCGCACACAGGCGCGCACACACACAAACACACGAACACGACGGGGAGAAAAAAAAAAACAGGGUACAUUUGGAAUAAACCUUCGGUUCCUUAUCCGGGGACUACCUUGCACGUUCUCAUUGGCCCGCCGUGUCACGUGGUAAAAGUAACUUUACAGGGUCGCUCGCUAGUAGGAGGGCUUUAUGGAGCAGAAAAACGACAAAGCUAGAAAAAUUAUUUUCCACUCCAGAAAUUAAUGAUCAUGAGCUCGUAUUUGAUGGACUCUAACUACAUCGAUCCGAAAUUUCCUCCAUGCGAGGAAUAUUCGCAAAAUAGCUACAUCCCCGACCACAGCCCCGAAUAUUACAGCCGCACGAGGGACACGGGCUACCAGCAUCAUCACCAGGAGUUGUAUCCUCCGCGAGCGAGCUACCAGGAGCGCCAGUUUAACUGUGCAAGCAUCCCAGAACCCGACACCCAAAGAGGGCAUGGGCUCCCUCAUCCCGGGCACCUGCUGGCUGGGAAGACGCAGCCGGCUGCCUGUGAGCCCCCACCGCUGCCCACGUCCCCCUCAACCCCGCCGGCUGUGCCUUCCGCCUGCAGCCAAGCCACACCGGAGCAUUCAAGCAACAACACAGCCUCCUCCAAGCAACCCGUAGUCUAUCCAUGGAUGAAGAAAAUUCACGUCAGUACCGUGAACCCCAGUUACAAUGGAGCGGAACCCAAACGGUCCAGAACUGCUUACACCCGACAGCAGGUUUUAGAAUUGGAGAAAGAAUUCCACUAUAACCGCUACCUAACUCGGCGAAGACGCAUCGAGAUCGCUCACUCUUUGGUUCUCUCCGAAAGGCAGAUCAAAAUCUGGUUUCAGAACCGGAGGAUGAAGUGGAAAAAAGACCACAGGCUCCCCAACACCAAAGUCAGAUCCUCGGCUUCCUCGGGCUCGUCCGCCGGCUCCUCCACCACCAACUCCGCCGCCGGCGUGGUCCCCCCGGCCGGCAACACUGUCGCGGCCGCCAACACUGUCGCGGCCGCCGACGAACUCACCCGGGUCUCCGCCGCGGAGCGAGGCGAGGAUAUUACAAGGGCUGGCAGGAGGUGAGCUCGUGAACUGAACCUGCCGCACAGAAAUGAGAUCAGGGAGAGGAAGCAGAAAACCGGACAUGUGCUUUACAGCGAGAGCGAGGCUGUCUGGUCAGUGCCCGCUUACAGACAUGCCCGCGAGAGUCCUCGGGGCCAGGCACCCAGCAGCAGAGAGGUGACUUGUAGUAAGUAAAUGUUCUACUGUAUGGGCUUUUCAUACCUGUUAAAACGUCAUGUCACCGAAGGGAGCGUGAAUGAAGGCCAACCAAAAAGCUUCGCGGCGUUGCUUCGGAAACACUUCAUGACUUACUACACGCCAUGAAUUUAAAGUAUACAUAUUGCAUAUUGACCUCGGAGCAGGGCCUGAGGUAUACCACAAAGUGUCACAUUUCGAGGGAGUUUGAGACUAGAACUCCCCCCCCCCAAAAAAAAAACAAAGCUCCAAAGCGUCUAUAAUACACUGUAAUGCAGUAUUCACAGCUUUUUCUGGAAAGGCGGAUGGGGGCGGGGGUGAGACUAGCAUAUGAGCAAUAAGUCUUUGCCUAUCUACUAAAACCCUAAACUCUUUCGCUUGGUUCAUUGGUUUCCAAAAGCGCAUACCGGCUUCUGAAGAUUUUUGGUUACUGAGACAGGAAAACGUGUUGAGUGUUACCUGCACGAGUGCAUUCUAGGGCUCGUGCUCCCUGGGACCCUGCCGGUCUGUUCCAGUACAUAUAUAGGCUCGAGCUCGGGACAGGAGGUCCCCGGGACUUCCAGUUUUGUGACGCUUCCGAUAAAUAUUUGAAGAGU